UUCUUCCUUUUGCAUCCUCGCACUCGAACAACUCUUCUCACCAUGACCCAACAAGUCAACAUCGGCAUCAACGGCUUCGGACGCAUCGGUCGCCUCGUCGCGCGCGCCGCCUUUGCCAACCCCAACACCACCGUCGUGGCCAUCAACGAUCCCUUCAUGAGCUUGGACUACAUGGUGUACCUGUUCAAGUACGACUCCACCCACGGCCGCUACCCCGGUACCGUGGUCGCUGAAAACGGCAACCUUGUCAUCGACGGCCACGUCGUGCGCAUCUUCACGGCCAAGAACCCCGCUGAAAUCGGCUGGGGCACCGUCGGCGCCGACUACGUGUGCGAAUCCACCGGUGUGUUCACCAGCACCGAAGCGUGCUUGUCCCAUGUCCAAGGCGGUGCCAAGAAGGUCAUCAUCUCUGCGCCCCCCAAAGACAACACCCCCAUGUACGUCGUGGGUGUGAACCACCACAAGUACGAUGGCUCGGCCAACGUUGUCUCGAACGCGUCGUGCACCACCAACUGCUUGGCGCCCCUUGCCAAGGUCAUCAACGACAAGUUCGGCAUCGUGGAAGGGCUCAUGACCACUGUCCAUGCCACCACCGCCAACCAAUUGACCGUUGACGGUCCUUCCCGCGGCGGCAAGGACUGGCGCGCGGGUCGCGGCGCUGGCCAAAACAUCAUCCCCGCCUCGACCGGUGCCGCCAAGGCCGUCGGCAAGGUGUUGCCUGAAUUGAACGGCAAGCUGACCGGCAUGGCGUUCCGCGUGCCCGUCGCCGACGUGUCCGUCGUGGACUUGACCGUCCGCCUCCAAAACGGCGCGUCGUUGGCCGAGAUCAAGGCCGCUUUGAAGCACGCGUCUGAAAACGAACUGGCCGGCAUCCUCGGGUACACUGAGGACGACGUCGUGUCCCAAGACUUCAUCACGGACAAGCGCUCGAGCAUCUUUGACGCGAACGCGUCCAUCGCGCUCAACGACAACUUUGUCAAGCUCGUGUCGUGGUAUGACAAUGAAUGGGGCUACUCGAACCGCUUGGUCGACUUGAUCUUGCACAUGGCCUCGGUCGACAACUAAAUUUUUAAUCAAAGCGAAUGUGUUUGCCUCCUUCUCUCUCUCUCUUGGAGUUGUAGUAACAGUCUACAUUGG